ACUAAUCUCUCUUUUGUUCUCUCGAUUCGAUUCAGUCAUCAGAUUUCGAUUAUUGUUAGGUUUGGAUUAUCGUUUCUCUCAUUAUGGAUUACGAGGCCCCAAGGAGAUACUCACAGUCAAGGAAUUUGGGAGGAGUCAAGAGAAAGCCGCAAGAUUUCGCAGCAGAUGUCGUUCCGAGAAGACGUUAUGCCCCUUCGGACAAUACAAUGAAGAAACAAGGUCCAACUAAGUUUUCAAGGAAUCUGGUUUGGACGUCAAAAGAAUACAAAGUACCAGAGGGAAACAGGCCACGAAAGGAUCAAGCCAAUGGGUCAACAAAACCACCAGUUUUAGGCAGAGGAUGUUCUGUUUCUGUGUCGUCGAAACAGCCGAGAAAAAUUGCUAUUUCAGACACCGAAAAGAGUGUAUGUUGUAAGUUUUGGAUAGCUGGAAACUGCAGGAGGGGUGAGCAGUGCCAGUUCUUACACUCUUGGUCUUGUUUCCCUGGACUGGCCAUGGUAGCUUCGCUUGAAGGACACAAGAAAGAUAUAAAGGGGAUCGCCCUCCCUCAGGGUUCAGAUAAACUCUUUUCAGUCAGUAGCGAUGAUACAUUGCGGAUUUGGGACUGCCAUACUGGUCAUUGUGUACAUACCAUCAACCUCCAGGCUGAGGCGGCUGCAGGAUCUCUAAUCAGUGAAGGCUCAUGGGUUUUCCUUGGCUUGCAAAACGCUGUAAAGGCUUUUAAUGUUCAGACCAGUAAAGAUUUGCAUCUUGACGGUGUAGUUGCAGGUCAGGUUCAUGCAAUAACUGUUGCUAAUGGAAUGCUUUUUGCUGGAACAAGUUCGGGAAGUAUAUCAGUCUGGAAAGCUACUACUGACUCUGAUGUGUCUGAUCCUUUCAAGUACCUCACAUCUCUCGAGGGACAUCAUACUGGUGAAGUCACUUGUUUUGUUGUUGGAUGUCAACUACUAUACUCUGGCUCUGUCGAUAAAACAAUAAAGGUGUGGGAUCUCAACACCCUGCAAUGUGUAACGACACUGAAGCAACAUACCGACACUGUCACGUCACUCUUAUGCUGGAACAAGUGUCUGAUAUCGUCUUCCUUGGAUGGGACCAUAAAAGUUUGGGCUUUUUCUGAGAAUGGAAGCUUGGAAGUUACUCAUACACGCAGACAAGAACAGAGUGUUCAUGCUCUUUGUGGGGUGCACGAUGCAGAGGCCAAACCCAUCAUAUUCUGCUCUUACCAAAAUGGAACUGUUGGCAUUUACGACCUACCAUCUUUUGAAGAAAGAGGAAAUAUGUUCUCUACGCACACGAUCAGCACACUCACAGUUGGUCCUGGAGGAUUGCUAUUUAGUGGUGACAAGUCUGGGAACUUGCGAGUAUGGAGCUUAGCUGCUGGCACCAAAGUUUAGUCACAUAUGAAUUAUGAUCUCUUUUGUAAUAUGACUCAAAAUUGAAUAUUGUUUGUCAAAUUAUUUGUAAGAGUGUAUGAAUUGAAACUUGAGUAUAGUGUUUUCUGAUUAUGAAUUUAUGAUGCUGAUACAUAUUAUUUACAAAGAGUCUAUGAACGGAACUUUAGCUCACAAAUAGAAUUAUGGCAUUCUUGUUUCAUCCAUAUAAAAAAGAUAAUACACAGCCGCUUAUAUGUUACAUAUGUGUUAACCCAAAGAUAUGCUUUCUCAGACUAUGCCAAAGAACCUUCAUGUUCGCGAUAUAUCUCCUCCGCAUGAGCUGUGGUUACAUAAACUGCAUUGGCGAGCGAGCUGUGUUUUUCGGCCACAGAGAACAUACACAAUCACUCCAAUCAGCAGCCACACUGAUACACGAGCCAUGUCGAAGAU